CGGAACAAGCAAAAGCGCUGAAGAAGAAGAAGCAGCAGCAGAGUGAGAUAGGAGUAACGGCCUGACGCAGUCAGCGGCUGCUGGUCUGAAUUUGGAUUCACCGUGAAGUAAUGGUUAACUCUAACGGACUUUGGAUGCUGCCGUCCAAAACUUCCACGCGGGACGGUGUUUUGAAUACUGUAACCAGGUAGAAGUUAGGUGUAGCUCCUCCGAGCCGUUGGCUCAAUCAUUGUGUUCUUGUUUGGUUAAACGGGAAUGCAACGGCCGCCGAGCUGCACUUCUCCUUAAAAGCUCAGUCAGAUAAACAUGCUAUCUAAGUCUUCACGCUGACAGCAGAGUUGUGUAUUUUAAACUAACGAGCAUUUGAAGUCAUGGCGACCGACUUUGUAAAGACGUUUGUACAGAUGUGCAAUUAUCUCCAAGAGCCGCGCCAUGUCGCGAGGUUUCAAAAUUUCUGCGGUGUUAGAGGAACGUUUCCGGACAAAGCGACCAAGCCGGAGAGCGGACAGUCAGAGCCGGACUGUCCCGGGCUGAGGAAGAGGGUCCAAAGUUCAGAUGUGGGGAAUGGAGCAGCCGGAGAUGCCGCCGCCGCGCCGCAGGUUAACGGGAUGCAGGGUGACAUUACCGCGCGGCCUGACGGUUCAUCAGCAGCAGCAGCAGCUAAUGUCGACACGACCAGAGCCAAACCCCUCCGGAGAAACUCCCUGACCGGGGACAUGGGUCAAGAGUUCCUGAUCCAUAACAAGUUCCUUUUCUACCUGUUCACGUUUGGGACCGAGCUGGGCAAUGAGAUGUUCUUCAUCGUCUUUUUCCCCUUCCUCUUCUGGAACAUCGACGCCCUGGUCAGCCGGAGACUCAUCGUGGUCUGGGCCUGGAACCUGUUCGUGGGACAGUCCACCAAGGAUAUGGUCCGCUGGUCCCGGCCGGCCUCCCCGCCGGUGGUGAAGGUGGAGGUCUUCUACAACUCCGAGUACAGCAUGCCCUCUACACACGCCAUGACAGGGACGGCCAUACCUUUCUGUCUCUUCAUGCUGACCUACGGACGGUGGCAGUACCCCUUCCUCUUUGGUUUUUGUGUGGCUCUCAGCUGGAGUGUCCUGGUCUGUGUGAGCAGAGUCUACAUGGGGAUGCACUCUAUUCUGGAGGUAAUCACUGGCUUCCUGUACAGCCUUCUCAUUCUGGCCUUCUUUCAGCCAAUUUUGGACAAGAUCGACACCUUCUACAUGAUGGGCCACUAUGCUCCCCUUGCUAUUAUUGUCUCACAUGUGAGCCUGGGACUUGUUGCUUUCUCCUUGGAUUCCUGGAGCACUUCUCGGGGUGAUACGGCUCAGGCCCUGGGCACUGGGGUGGGAGCUGCUCUGGCCACCCACGUGAACUAUCAGCUGGGGCUGAUGCUGGAUCCGCCGCUGUCCUCACUUCCCCUAACUUUACCAUCACUCAGCACCGGCUUGGUGGUUCGCUCCCUGCUGCGCUUCCUCAUCGGGGUCGUCGUCCUCCUCAUCACGAGGAUGGUUAUGAAAGCGAUGACUAUUCCCUUCUUAUGUCGACUCUUUGGGCUGCCCACAGAUGAUGUAAGACGGGCGAGGCAGCUCAUGAGAGUAGAGUUGCCGUACCGUUACAUUGUCUACAGUGUUGUGGGUUUUAGUUGUGUAUGUGUGGUGCCUCUCCUCUUUAGGAUCUUAAACCUUGCCUGAGUGUUGUGUUCAAACUGUCAAUGUACUGCUGACAUGUUCACCUACAUGGUGAAGGCAAAUGGCACUUAGUUACAUGCAGAUAAACACUCUGUUUCUGCACAGCAGAAACUGACUUAAAGGAUUAAUCUGAUUAUAUUCUAUAUUCUCUUUCUUAUUUUCAACAAAUCCCACGAAAAGACCAAAAUCAACAGUAAAUGUGUCAAAGCCUGACAUAGCUCAUUCCACAGAGCUUCAUUGUUGUCUAUUAAAGAAGACAUCAAUGAGCCACACAGCUGCACUGGUGAUAUGUUUAUUCAUUACAAUGAAAACAAUCACCCUAGUUUAUUUUGAUUCACAUAUGCCGUCAUUUUGCUGUAAACACUCCAAAAAAAAAAAAAGAAGUAAUAAUCCACAGCUCAAAAUAGUCCCUAACAAAUUAGCAAUUUACUCCAGUUUGAGCAUCGCAGGCUAAAAACUGUAGUGUCCGACAGCUUUAGGAAAUGACUUAGUCUUUUUUUUUAAGGAUUAAAGUAUAUGAUAUAUUAAAGUAUUUGUGACCUACAUCUUCAGUAGGAACCAGUGGGCCUGGGGCUCAGAUCCACAAACUGGGAGUCAGAAAGUGUCCAGAGACAGACUGGCCUUUUGAUGACAGGAUCAAAAAUAUAGAAUAUCACCUGACUGAUCCUUUAAGCUCCUGCUGUGGUCGACACAUUAUAGUGUUAACUGGAACUUUGCAAAUAUAAAAUCUGAUGUACUGCAAUGACACUUGUGUUCAUUACUGAGGAGAAGCUGUUGUACAUUUCCAUAAUUUGAGUAAAAUAUAUAAUAAGAUGUUAUUGGAGAAUUCCAUGCGCUAAGAAUGAACCAAACCAUGAAUCAGUGUGGAGUCACUUCACUUAUCAUUUGUUGCCAUGUUCAAAUGCAAAACAGCCUGUAAGCAACAAAAUACUGUAAGUAUUUAAGAUGACAGGUGUCAGGGUAGUUGCCGAUCUCUAUUUAAGUCUGGAAGACUUUUUCUCUUUGAGCAGGUCUGUUGUUUUAUUACUGUUUUUUUUGUUUUUUUGUUUUUUUUUAACGUUACCAUAGUAAGCAUUAUCCUGAUGCCUUCUUUUUGUACCUUUCUUGUCUGACAAAAUUGUUUGUUUGUAAUUUUGGCACAAAUGUAAAUUAAGUGCUCUCUUAAAUAAUUAUUUGAAAGUAUAGAAUAGAAUUAAGAAAAACAAAUAUUUUUGAUAAAUUAUUUUAUCAUCUUAAGUAUUUUGAGCUGAAGUAUUGCUCUUAAAAAAAGAAAUCUAAAUAUAUUAAUAUUAAAAUUUCCAGAAACAUUUCAGCUGUCUUUAUACUACAGUAUGUGAAAACACUGACCCUAACUCUCGCCUAAAUGUAAUUGAUUGUUUUUUUUUUCCCUGUUGUGUUGUUGUAAUAAUGGUUUACUCUAAUGGUCAUCUCAGAAUAUGAAUGCCAGAGC